AGCCCGUUCCUGUCCUCCAGAAAACCUUCUCGCUUGGAUUACGCAAGUCUAUCCGGGCCUCCGGACCCCCUUUUACCCCCCUUCAGGCCUCCGUCUCCACGGGGGGCUCGAGGACGAGGGGGUAUUCGUGAUUUUCCCACGACCUCUGGGAGCCAAUCAGCAGAUCUACAGCGGAGGAGAAGGACUGGAGGAGCGGUGAGAAGGCGUGUUUUCUGCAGCACCUCUGAGGAACCGUGAGAAGGCGCCAUGGCGGGGGCCUCGGUCAAGGUGGCGGUGCGGGUUCGACCCUUCAACUCCAGAGAGACCAGCAAAGAAAGCAAGUGCAUCAUCCAGAUGUCGGGAAACACCACCACUAUCAUCAACCCCAAAGUACCCAAAGAAGCAAAGAGCUUCAACUUUGAUUACUCAUACUGGUCACACACCUCGCCAGAGGACAUCAACUACGCCGCCCAGCAGCAGGUCUACAGGGACAUCGGGGAGGAGAUGCUGCUCCACGCCUUCGAGGGCUACAACGUCUGCAUCUUCGCCUACGGACAAACGGGCGCCGGGAAAUCCUACACCAUGAUGGGCAAACAGGAGAAGGACCAACAAGGAAUAAUCCCACUGCUGUGUGAGGACCUCUUCACCAAGAUCAACGACAGCAAUACCGACAACAGCAUGUCCUACUCAGUAGAGGUGAGUUACAUGGAGAUUUACUGUGAACGGGUGCGAGACCUGCUGAACCCCAAAAACAAAGGGAACCUGAGAGUGAGGGAGCACCCGCUGUUGGGCCCCUACGUGGAAGAUCUGUCCAAACUGGCCGUCAUGUCCUACAACGACAUCCAGGACCUGAUGGACUCGGGGAACAAAGCCAGGACCGUAGCCGCUACGAACAUGAACGAAACGAGCAGUCGCUCUCAUGCCGUCUUCAACAUCAUCUUCACCCAGAAGAGACAUGACUCGGAGACAGACAACGUGUCUGAGAAGGUCAGUAAAAUCAGUUUGGUGGAUUUGGCGGGCAGUGAGAGAGCCGACUCGACCGGAGCCAAAGGAACUCGACUCAAGGAAGGAGCGAAUAUAAACAAAUCCCUGACCACCUUAGGGAAAGUCAUUUCAGCUCUGGCGGAGGUGGAUUCUCUAUCAAACAAGAACAAAAAGAAAAAGAAAGUGGAAAGUUUCAUCCCGUACAGAGAUUCUGUCCUGACCUGGUUACUGCGAGAAAAUCUAGGUGGAAACUCCCGCACCGCCAUGGUGGCCGCUCUGAGUCCCGCAGAUAUCAACUACGACGAGACCCUCAGCACGCUCAGGUACGCAGACAGAGCCAAGCAGAUCCGCUGUAACGCCGUGAUUAACGAGGACCCCAACAACAGGCUGGUGCGCGACCUGAAGGACGAAGUGUCCCGCCUGAAGGAGCUGCUGUACGCCCAGGGGCUGGGCGACAUCAUCGAGACGUAUCGCAGCGCUCUAGACGACGGCGGCGGUUUGAAACUGACCAAUGCCAUGACAGGGAUCAGUCCUUCCCCCACCCUCUCCGCCCUCACCAGCCGGGCCGGGUCCGUCGGGAGCCUGCACGACCGCAUCAUGUUCAGCCCUGGCAGCGAGGAGGCCAUCGAGAGACUCAAGGAAACCGAGAAAAUCAUCGCUGAGCUUAAUGAGACGUGGGAGGAGAAGCUGCGGCGUACAGAGGCCAUCAGGAUGGAGAGAGAGGCUCUGCUGGCUGAGAUGGGCGUGGCCAUGCGAGAAGAUGGAGGCACAGUUGGCGUCUUUUCACCCAAGAAGACGCCUCAUCUAGUGAAUCUGAACGAGGACCCUCUGAUGUCCGAGUGUCUUCUGUACUACAUCAAGGAUGAAAUCACCAGGGUGGGACGAGAGGACGCGGUGACCCGGCAGGACAUCGUCCUCAGCGGACACUUCAUAAAGGACGAGCACUGUGUCUUCAGGAGCGGCGCGGGACCUUUAGGAGAGGUGAUCCUGGAGCCGUGUGAGGACGCCGAGACCUACGUCAACGGGAAGAAAGUGUCCGAGCCCACUGUUCUCAGAUCAGGGAACCGCAUCAUUUUGGGGAAGAGCCACGUGUUCCGCUUCAACCACCCCGAACAGGCCAGGCAGGAGCGGGAGAGGACCCCGUGCGCCGAGACCCCGGUCGAGCCCGUGGACUGGGCCUUCGCACAGAGAGAGCUGCUGGAGAAACAGGGCAUCGACAUGAAACAGGAGAUGGACCAGAGGCUGCAGGAGCUGGAGGACCAGUACCGCCGAGAGAGGGAGGAGGCCAACAACCUACUGGAGCAGCAGAGACUGGACUAUGAGAGUAAGUUGGAGGCUCUGCAGAAGCAGGUGGAUCGUUGUUACCCUGAAGCAGCAGAAGAAGACGAUGAACCUGAGGAGGAAGUGCAAUGGACGGAGAGGGAGACCGAGCUGGCUCUGUGGGCGUUCCGAAAAUGGAGGUGCUACCAGUUCACCUCCCUCCGAGACCUUCUGUGGGGCAACGCCAUCUUCCUCAAGGAGGCCAACGCCAUCAGCGUAGAGCUCAAGAAGAAGGUCCAGUUUCAGUUCGUUUUGCUGACCGACACGCUCUACUCCCCCCUGCCCCCCGACCUGCUCCCAGCCGAGGCGACUAAUAAGCGCGAGAGGAGCGCGUUCCCUCGGACCAUCGUUGCCGUGGAGGUGCAGGACCAAAAAAACGUAGCCACGCAUUACUGGACGCUGGUGAAGCUCAGGCAGCGUUUGGAACUGAUGAGGGAGAUGUACGACCGAGCCGCAGAGGUGCCCAGCAGUGCCAUGGAGGACUGUGACAGCAUGCUGACCGGUGGUGACCCGUUCUACGACCGCUUCCCUUGGUUCCGCCUGGUGGGCAGGGCGUUUGUGUAUCUGAGUAACCUCCUGUACCCCGUACCGCUGGUGCAUCGGGUCGCCAUCGUCAGCGAGAAGGGAGAGGUCAAGGGUUUCCUGCGCGUGGCCGUGCAAGCCAUAUCAGCUGACGAGGAGGCGCCCGACUACGGCACCGGCGUCAGGCAGUCCGGGACGGCCAAGAUCUCCUUCGAGGAUCAGCAGUUCGAGAAGUUCCAGUCGGAGUCCUGCCCCUCCGGUCUGUCUGGCGCCGGACACUCGCAGGAGGAGCUGAGGAUCGUGGAGGGUGAGGGACAGAAUCCAGAAACGCUGCCAUCUGCAGACGAAGUCAACAACAACACCUGCGCAGCCGACCCGGAUGACCGGUUGCGCUCGCUGAAGUACGGGAUCGUGGACGGCGCUCUGGACCACCUGAGGAUGGGAGAGCUCUUCACCUUCAGGGUCACCGUGCUGCAGGCGUCCAGCAUCUCGGCCGAGUACGCCGACGUCUUCUGCCAGUUUAACUUCAUCCAUCGACACGACGAGGCGUUCUCCACAGAGCCGCUGAAGAACACGGGGCGAGGGCCACCGCUGGGGUUCUACCACGUUCAGAACAUCGCGGUGGAGGUCACCAGAUCUUUCGUGGAGUACAUCAGGACCCAGCCCAUCGUGUUCGAGGUGUUCGGGCACUAUCAGAGACAGCCCUUCCCCGCUCUGUGCAAGGACCUCAUCAGUCCUCUACGUCCCUGCCGGAGACAGUUCCCCAGAGUCAUGCCUCUGUCCAAACCAGCCGGAGACGGCGACGACCCGUCGGACCGGGAGAAGAGGAUGGAGCUGAUUCGCUACCUGGUGCCCGACGUGUUCAACGGCCCCCUGGUGGACUCCCUGUCGGGCCACGCCCUCAGCGCGGCAGGGCUGGCGGCCUCCUUCCUGCUGGACGGGGAGGGGCAGGCCAGGCUGACGGCCCCGCCCCUCUCCAUCUGUUCGGUCAUUAAGGCGCAGACGCCGGUUCCUGCCACCAAGCUGAAGACGCUGACCAGACCCACAGCCGGACCCUGUCACUGUAAAUACGACCUGAUGGUUCUCUUCGAGAUCUGUGAACUGGAGGCCAACGGAGAUUACAUCCCGGCUGUAGUGGAUCACAGAGGAGGAAUGCCCUGUCAUGGCACCUUCCUGUUACACCAGGGAAUCCAGAGGAGAGUGGCGGUGACUAUAGUGCACGAGACAGGAGGAGAUAUUAUGUGGUCGGAGAUUCGAGAGCUGGUGGUCGGUCGUAUCAGGAACACGCCCGAGACCGACGAGACCAUCGUAGAUCCCAACAUCCUGUCCCUUAACAUCCUGUCCGCCAGAUACGUCCAGCCCUCGCCUGAUGACAGACAGUUUCUUGACUCUGACAUGCCGAGGACCUUCUAUCGUUUCGAAGCCGCCUGGGAUUCAUCCAUGCACAACUCGCUCCUGCUGAACCGAGUAACUCCGAGCGGAGAGAAGAUCUACAUGACGGUCUCGGCUUAUCUGGAGAUGGAGAACUGCACCCAGCCCGCCGUCAUAACCAAAGACGUCUGCAUGGUCUUCUACUCCCGGGACGCCAAGCUCUCAGCGUCUCAGUCCAUCAGGAACCUGUUCAGCAGUGGAACCCUGAGACCGACCGAGGGAAACCGAGUCACCGGAGUUUAUGAGCUCAGUCUGUGUCACCUGGCAGACACCGGCAGCCCAGGGAUGCAGAGGCGGCGCCGGCGGGUGUUGGACACGUCAGUGGCGUACGUCCGAGGGGAGGAGAACCUGGCUGGGUGGAGGCCCCGCAGUGACAGCCUCAUCCUGGACCACCAGUGGGAGCUGGAGAAGCUCAGCCUCCUGCAGGAGGUGGAGAAGACGAGGCACUACCUCCUCCUGAAGGAGAAGCUGGAGUCCACCCGGCUUCUGGGCCAGGAGGCGCUGCUGUCCUGUGGGAGUGAAGAUCCGGCCGAGUCCUCCUCACCCUCUAGAUACCCGGGGCAGGGCUACGACCCCGACGCCGACCCCGGUAACGAAAUCACCAACGAGAGGCAGCGCAAGCUCGCCGCCAAGUGUUUGCGUCUGCUCACACACACCUUCAACAGAGAGUACAGCCACGUGUGUGUGAGCGCCAGCGAGAGCAAGCUGAGUGAAAUGUCAGUGACUCUGAUGAGAGAUUCCACCUCCAUCUCGGAGCUCAAAACACUCACGCCGUCCACGACCUGUCCGUCGCUGGUGGAGGGAAGAUACAGCACCGGCGCUCAGCUCAGACCUCCGGCACCUCGUUCCCGUACCGUGAGCCCUAGUCGCGACUCGACGCCCGACGGAGAGGGCAAGAAUCCCCACAGCAUCACUCAAGAGUCCAAACUGAGGACCCGCAUCUUCGUCUGCGACAUCCAAGAGAUCCGGAUCAGCCCCAUCGUGUCGAAGAAAGGCUACCUGCACUUCCUGGAGCCGCACGCUAACGGGUGGGUGAGGCGCUACGUGGUGGUGCGCCGGCCGUACGUCUACAUCUACAACUCGGACCGGGACACGGUGGAGCGAGCCAUCCUCAACCUCUCCUCCGCCCAGGUGGAGUACAGCGAGGACCAGCAGGCCAUGCUCAAGACCCCCUACACGUUUGCCGUGUGCACCGAGCAUCGUGGGAUCCUGCUGCAGGCCGGUAACGAUAAAGAGAUGCACGACUGGCUGUACGCGUUUAACCCCCUCCUCGCUGGAUCCAUCAGGUCUAAGCUGUCGAGGAGGAGAACGACACACAUGAGGCCUUGAGACGACGAACACGAACCAUCAAGUUCACAAAAACUAAAGACUUUAUUUAUUCUGUUGUAAAUAGAUCCCCGGUCUCUGAAUCUCGUCACACUCCUGCGUACCUAACGACCUAGCCGCACUCGCCCUGUCUGGCACGGAUGACCUUCACUCCUCAUGCUGUGUGGGGGCUACGUGACCCAUAAAGAUGUUAAACUAUCACGUCAUUAGGUUCUCAUUUGUAGGGUAAAAAUGCACCGCUGAGAUUCGAACCCUGGAUCCACGGAUCUCAGCAGUAUUAGUACCAUACCAUACCCCCCCCCCCCACACACACACACACGCCGUAUAUAAAUACAAACAAGGGCAAAGAAAUGUGACACACAUACGACACCGACUUCAGGAGCUCAUAACUCAUAUCAGCUUCUUCAUAUCUGAUAGUUUGGAGGGUUUGGAUCGUAUCAUAACCCACUGUAAUAUUUUUAGAAUGCACUUCUACUCACUUGAUGAUCUUAUCACAGGUGGAUGAACUUUACAGCCCGGUUAGCUAUUUAUUUAAUAAGGAUUUAUCUCUUUACAUUGUAUAUUUGUUGAUUAUUUUGAAGUCUCGUGCAAUCGUUAGCAUACGGCACUUUUUGGUUUCGUUACGCCUCGUGCUGCUCUUCCUGUCUGAGCCACAGAACGUUUUUGGGGGUGUUUUUUGGGGAGGGGGAUAGUUGACGUCGGAGGCGACGCCGUGACGGCUGCUGCUGAAUCGUUUAUUAUAUCGCUCUGAGGUGUUCUGAGGUGUUCGGGUCUGUCCCAAAUUGUGCGUCGCAUUUCGACUACGACAGGGUGGAACAGUCGUGCUCUGUUGGUGUAAUUAUUCAAGUGCUUAUAGGAUAAAAAUCGAAUAAUCGAGGGUAGAUGGGACGCCUUUAUUUAUUUAUCAUAUAUACUGUACGUCUACACACGUGCUGCACAAUGAGAAGCUUUUCUACAUAUCACGGCUUGUUUGGCGCCCCUGGAUCUGAGAGGGUUUAGGGCUUUGCUUAAGGGCAGAGCCGGGAUUCGGACCCACAACCUUCCACUUGGUACCCACAGCUGUACCCACUAGUGCAGGGUGUUUCAAACUUUUUUUUAAGCGACCUAGCCAACACAAACAAUGCAUCUUACUCUUGUGGAUUACAAGAUGUAGCAUAAAGCCUCCACAAGGGGGUGCUCGUGUACACGUUUAUUUAAUUAUUAUUAUUUUUUCCUAUCGAUUUCUGCAUUUUCUCCCAUUUUCUCCCAAUUUAUUAUCUGGUGGGUCCCUGAUUGCAGUCGAUGUGGGUAUAUUGCUGCUCACGCCUCCUCCGACCCGCAUGCAACCCUUUUCCACCUACGCACUCUGCUAAUCAGGGUCCUUACACAGCGUUUGAAGACCCCGUCCACAUAGUCCGGUCAUCCCGCCCUAGCAGAAACGUAUCUGCUGCAGGCACUGCCGAUUGUGCCCGCUAGAUGGCGCCCAGGCGACCGGUUACAACGACCCGAGGAGUUUAGAAUCUCAGCGAUGGUUUGCUAGGCUCCCACCGUCCCUACAACUAAAACCUACAACCUACACACUAAGGCAAGGACUAGUUCAGGUAAAAUACUAGUAAUUCUAAUAGCGGAACACCGACUGAUCGAUCAGCGCCCAGCCGUACAAACACACACGCUUUCAUGUUUUGACUGAGCGGGCACAAAUUCCCAUACACAGACUGUAAAGAUCGCACGGGCGUCGCUCUGUUUUAAUAUUGUUUGUUUAUUAAAUAAGCUGACAUUCAGGUGUCCGAAUACUUUUGGCUCUAUAGUGUAGCUGUAUCGAGAGCUAGAUAGAGAAGAUCCCUGAUGGCCUGUGUGCAUCAAGGCACUUUGGGAUAAUGGGAGCCUAGUGGGUAGAGCGUUGGACUGUCAAUCUUAAGACUGUGGGUUCAAACCCCGGCUCGGCCAUGCAGCCACUGUCGGGUCCUUGAGCGAGGCCCUUGACCCUCUCGGCUGACCCUGGGCUCUGACCCCAGCUUCCAAUCAAGCCGCUAUACUGUACAUGGAAAAGGAAUUUUGCUGUACUGCACACGUGUGUAGACAUAAAUAUUACAAAUUCUAUUAUUCAUCAGUGCAGCACCUCACCCUCGUUCCUGGGGUGUCUUCAGCUCCUUCACAAGCCCCAAAUUUAGGGUUUGGAGUGUUUAGAGUCUAGGAAAUGGCUCAUGUGUUGCCUCUGGGAUGUUUUAGGUCCCUGGGUUGAAAGAAAGCUAAAAAAAUCUGAAUCUCAAAGAAAAAUAAUAAUAAUAUUAAUUAAAUAUACCUGUACACGGACGGGGCGGCACGGUGGCUCAGUGGGUAGCACCGUCGCCUCACAGCAAGAAGGUCCUGAGUUCGAUCCCCAGGCGUGGUGGUCUGGGUCCUUUCUGUGCGGAGUUUGCAUGUUCUCCCCAUGUCUGUGUGGGUUUCCUCCAAAAACAAACAGUCCAAAAACAUGCAGUCAGGUUACUUGGAUACACUGAAUUGCCCUAUAGGUGAAUGUGUGUGACCCUGCGAUGGACUGGCAUCCCAUCCAGGGUGUUACUGUGUGCCUUGCGCCCAUUGAAAAGCUGGGAUAGGCUCCAGCACCCCACCACGACCCUAACUGGAUAAGCGGAUAAGAAAAUGAAUGGAUGGAUGUACGCGGACGCCCCCUUGUGGAGGCUUUAUGUUACAGCUUGUAAACCACAGAGAGAGAAAGAUGUAUUGUUUGUGUUGCCUGGGUCGCUUAAGAAAACCCUCCUUUAGGUCACAUGUAAAUAACUCUGAAUAAACCUAGAUGUGCUAUUUGGGACGGAGCCGGAUGUAAACAGACAGGCUCAGUUUUUAAGCCCUGAAGGACGAGGUGUGGAAUGUUUUCCUGUUUGCUGCUUUAAUAUUUAUUAUUUAAUAUUACCUGAACCGUAUCGACCUGUAGACCCGACUUGUCAUAUCCUGGUAUGUGAUGCACUGUGGGACGUUUCUCCUCCCUCGUACGCCGCGGCGUGUGACGUCGGCACUUAGACUGCGUGAACUGUGAGUUUAGGAUUCGUGGAAUGUAUUUCUGUAACGACCCCCUCGGGUUUGAUGCACUGUGACCGCCGGCUUGAUGUUUGACCGGUCGUUGACUGUUUGGGGUGAAGUUCAGUACCCACGCUGCACUGGGUGGCUCGCUGGUCAUACUCGACCGGUCUGGUUCAUUUUUAAGAUGAGUGUUUGCAGUUUGUUUUCGUGACCUUUGGCCGAGGCUGUGGACCGUUUGUUAGUGGACACGUGCACGACCGAGGCCACAGACCUACUGAGCAUGCUCAGCACAUCCUUGCCACCCUGGAAAAUCAUGCAUUAUUGUACAACAGAUAAAACAGCAUUAACAGCAACUGUUUGAAUUGGAAUCUCAGCUCUGCUACCAGUCAGCUGAACAGCAGACAAAAUCAGCCGCUAGUCUGCUGGGUGGGAAAAGACGGGACUAAAAAGGAGGGGCGGGGUCUUCGAGGCUGUGUAUAGAAGUGGAGGAACGUGGAGAUCAGCCCGUGACCUCACGCGCCGAUCAACUGAAGUACAGGCGAAUAAGAAGGGGUCGAUGGAGCGCUCACGCGUCAGAGGGAGGGCAUGUCAGGAGAAUAUACCCUCCUCGUACGUCAUCGGGGUCUCCAGCAGAGGAAGAGGAACUGGCUAUGACUAAACUGAAGGAAAACGAAGGAAGAAAAUAGUAAAAAUAAAUAAAUAAAUGUUUAGCAUCGUGCUCUGGACCAGCUAUUUACAACUACGCUGGAUUAUAUUUUUAUUGAUCUUAAUAACAGAAAUAUCAUGAAACUACUGGUAAACCCAAAAACACGAACAAUUUUAAAACAUCGGAACUAGCAUCACAUUACACGUAUCACAAACUGUAAAAAUGGAACCUGAAAAAAUCACCUUCAUUUAAAGAUUUAACGUUCACGGUGGGAUUUGUAACAGUAGGUGCUGCACAGCAACACGGGUCUUAGGGACCUAGGUUCAGUCCGCUUACACGAGGUGGCACCGGACCCACCCCCGACAAAUUUAUGUACUAACUGCUACCAGACGAUAAAAUUUGAGUUCCGUCUGAAUGCAUUCAGAGCACUGUGGUGGACUUCACAGCAAGAAGCACCCGGGUUCGAUUCCCCAGCCGGACACCCAAGGUUCUUUCUGUGUGGAGUCCAGAGACGCACAGUUAGAACUAUAUGAGCGGCCCUGACCAGGAUAAAGUCGUGCAAAACAAACAAACAAUACAAUAAUAAAUUGGUUCUAGGUUCAAUCCGCUUACAUGAGCGUUUCAGUGUGGUGCAGGACCCACCGCAACCCUAAUCAGGGUGAAGCAGUGGGUGAAAAUAAAUGGAUCCAGUGUCUGGAUUUUACCGUAGUGGACGUUUAUGCUACGUGCAAGUAAUUACUUACUAAAACUGGCUUCUAAUAAUCAUACUAGACAAUAAAAUGAGUUCCGUCUGAAUGCAUUCAGAGCACUGUGGUGGACUGGGUAGCGGCGCUUCACAGCAGGAAGUCCCCGGGUUUGAUUCCCCGGCCGGGCACCCAAGGUACUUUCUGUUUGGAGUCCAGAGACAUACAGUCAGGACUAAAUGAGUAACCAGGAUAAAGGAUAAAUGCAUUCAGAACACUGUGGUGGACUGGGUAGCGGCACCUCAAAACAGGAACUCUCAGGGUUCGAUCCCUUUCUGGUUGAAGUCCAAAGACGUGCAGUCAGAACUAUAUGAGCGACCCUGACCAGGAUAAAGUCGUGCGAAACAAACGAACAGUUAAUAAAAUAAAUAAAUAAAUAAAUAAAUGAAUCUGUUCUAGCUAAACAGCACAAGCUGCAUUUUCCGAGUUAUCAGGAUGAGCUGGAAUCGAAUCACUUGAGCAUGAACCAGAUCUUCUUCUUGUUAUAAUUAUUAUUAUUUUAUGUGUAACAAAAGAAAUGAAAAUAAAAGCGCAGUAAAUGUGUGGUUGAGAUGUUUGCACGUCCUGAAGCCCUGACAGAACUUUCAGCGUCCUGGUGGAGGAGAAGAACGAUGGAUCCGCUCGUCGUCGUUCGUCCGUGUGCUUCCCUCUUCAUCUCGCUUCACUUGCCUGAUUUUUCUACGCUGGUGGCUUAUUUUGCUCUGUAACACAUGAUUGCUGUGAAUAUUGUAGCGUGCGGCUGUUACCCGGCGGUUGUUUAAUGUUUUUAUUUUUCGAGUGUUGGAGUCCAAUUUUUGCAAAGCAAAGAUCUAAACGUCUGAUCAAAAAUAAAUGUGGAACUUAUGCAACGUCAGAAA